GUCUUAUCCUGAGUUUGUUGCCGAAUUUGAUCGAUUGACCCCAGAAGACAUUGUGUGGGAGCCAUACAGUCCUUCGGCUAUAGCCGCACGUGCACCGCUUGGGAUAUCUUCGGUGUGCGCACAGGACCAGGUCCUAUGGAUGACUACUGCAACUUUGGUGUAUGACGUUGCAGUUGAGUCCCACUGCCCGGAUAGAGUCAUGAGGCAGUUCGGUCGACGCCAGUCUUUCCCUGUGUCUUCAGCGUUGGAUCGUGUUCAGCGCCACGAUCAUAGUUUAUCAAGGGCUGGGCAUCCGUUCUCGACAAUGUGGGUCACUAGAUUACAACCAUGGGUGGCUGCGUGGGAUGAUGCAGACGAGCAGUUGGCUGAGGAUACCGGUCCACACACUGAGCCUUCGUUUCGGAUGUACCUAACCUGGUACGAACCGAAGACUCGUUGUCGUUUGACGUAUAUUGACAUGCAUCCACAGCCGCAUGUUGCGACUUCGCAGGAUCGCUAUGCACGACACAGGGAUGAGGCAUUAGCUGGGGCGUUCGAGGCAUGCAGGCUGCUUGAAUUAGAUUGCUCACUGAAUGUAAUGAGGAUUCAUGGCGGGUCUACGAUGAGCGUGCCGUCACAACUCGAGGCCUAGACCACUC